CGAUAACUCUUUUUGGUGAGCUAAUACUGUAAAAGUAAUGUGUGUGAAAUCAAGGGAAAUGACAUGCCCAGACGCUUCCUGAAAGCUGAAAGUUUUAUGUUUAGAUGUCUUUUUCACAGCAUGUCAUUUUGCAUGCUAAAUGUAUACAUGCAAUCUCACCCACAAAAGUGACUGCUACGAUGUGAGUGCAAGAGAGAAGAAACCUCUUUUGCGACACUCGAAAAUUAAAUUUUGGAGGGACAAUAAAUGCAAAACAACAGAAAUUACACAUAUGACAGUCGCGUAGUCCAUCCUCAGCUUCCUGGUUCCGAAGUCAUUUGUGCCUGCCUACCGCAUGGGUUCUUAUUUGUGCUACCAGUUUCGUGAAGUUACUGCAAAGUAAAAAUUUCUUAGCUUUGGUAAGUCGAGUUACGAGAGGACUGAAAAGCUACAGCAAACGUAGACUUGGUGUUGCCCGUUCGAUCUCACGAAAUGGAUGGAUUAGGGAAUAGCCUGGAUGACAGUGCAUCAGCUGGAAGCAGCCCUGAGUGCCCUGAUCGACUCAGCCUCCUAGAAAUGAGGAUUCAGGCACAGGAAGAGGAGAUGACACUGGUGAAGUCUGCUCUUAAUGAUGCAUUGAGGAGGAUCAGCUUCUAUGAUGAACAGAUUCCACUGCUGAAACAGAAGCUUCUGACAGGUAGUUCCAGCAUUCUUGAAGCCUUCAGUAAUCGCGGUGUACUAGACAAUACCAGCACCACGAGAAAACUGUCAUCCAGUUCAAUGCAGGACUGUUGUAAACCGGAGACUUCACCAACCUCAAGCUGUGCAGCAGUGAAUGAAGUGAAAAACAGAAUGAAUAACAUUUCAAAGCAACAGAGUUUAAUCAAUCACCAAGGAACUAGGGGGCUUCAACCAAGUUUCUCACCAACAGACACAUAUGCAGCUGAAAAGGUUACUGUUGCUACACAGACUGAGGGUUUUUCUGCAUCCCUGAUGCAGCCAAGUGAGAGCAUUCCUUUAUCCUGCAGUGGAGUCUUCCAUGACCAUACUAUGAAUGGACAGCUGAACUAUGUGGACAGGGUUGAAGAGCAGUGUUUGUUCACUGAAACCGUGAUCUGUCAGUCACAAGUGCAAGCGUAUGAGGCAGUUAACAGCUCCAAGGAGGACAGCCACACAGAUGACUCACAUUUUUCAAACCCAGCUCAUUUUAAUGAACUUCAGAAUCCCCCAGAGGCCCAGAUACACACCAAAGCUGGUUUGCUUAUAGAAGAAACCUACGAAGACAACAGCAAGUUUACAAAGGAAAAUACAGUGAAAGAAUCACUGAUCAGUGCAGUCCAAGCUACACAGAGGCCAAAAGAAAACACAAACUCUCAAACUCAGGAGCAAACCGAACCUCACUCUUCUUCAGAGACCACACAGCAAGAGAAAAAAACUGAGAACCAGGCAGUCUCACCUACAUCACAAUCUGACCUUCAGAGCCCACAAACUCCAACAGGAUCCGUGUUUUCCAUGCAGACUAAUGAAUAUGGUGUUGCAGUGCAGAAGGAAAAUGGCUGUGUUUUGCAAGCUGUUGAGAAAGAAAAACAGUCUUCAUUACCAGCUCACAGCACAGUGCAAAGCAGAGAGCCUCUUUCACCUAUUUCUGCGGUUCAAGCCUUGAUUGCCAAUAAAAAAACACUGGUUCGAAGGAGUAGUACCUCAGAUAAACUUAUAAAAAGUGCCACUGAGAAGAGUAAGCAAAAACUGUCGCAGAAGGCAGCCUCUUCAGCCAGCCUGCUCAUGAGAUCGCCAAGCCUGGAAAACCGGAUGAAGGACUUGGCAUCAGGGACCAAGCGUGGGUCUUAUAACCAAGAUCGUCCUUAUGUUAAGAUGUUUUUAAGAGGGCGACCAAUCACAAUGUAUGUUCCUAGCAAUAUACAGACAUAUGAGGAUCUGAAGAUGGAGCUUCCAGCAGAGAAACUGAAGAUCGACUGGGUCUAUGGUUAUCGAGGACGAGACUGCCGAUCCAACAUGUACAUGCUGGCAUCCGGUGAGGUUGUGUAUUUCAUCGCCUGUAUAGUAGUUUUGUAUCACAUUGAAGAGAAGACACAAAGACACUACUUAAAGCACACUGACUGUGUCAGACCUUUGCAGCCAUUCAUUAAUAUCUGGGACUCAAACACUUUGAACACCCUCCUGCAAAUUGGAAUGGGCAGCUUUGAGAGAGGUGUGGGCUCUGUUGCCUUCUCCUGGGCUGACCACGGUGCAUACCUGUGUGCCAUAGAUGAGACCAAUGAACACAUGUUGUCUAUAUGGGAUUGUGCCAAAGGCAGUAAACAGGCUGAAAUCAAGAGUACCAACGAGGCUGUCUUUGUUGUUGAAUUUAACCCUGCAGAUAGCAGCAAUUUCAUCACCUGUGGAAAGUCACAUGUUUACUUCUGGACCUGGAGUGGUAAUUCCCUAACCAAGAAGCAGGGCAUAUUUGGGAAGUUCAAGAAGCCAAAGUUUAUCCACUGUGUCGUUUUUGUGAAUGGCGAUGUUCUAACAGGUGACUCAGAAGGAAAUAUCUUCACAUGGGGCAAAACAGCAGCUGACACCAAGACUUUGGGAAAAGGAGCUAAAGAGACAUAUCAGAUUGUGAAACAAACGAAAGCUCAUGAGGGCAGUAUCUUCACAAUGUGUCUCCUACGGAAUGGCUCUUUGAUCAGUGGCGGUGGCAAGGAUCGGAAAAUCAUACAGUGGAGCAAAAAUCUUGCUUUGGAGAAGGAGCUGGAGAUUCCAGAACAAUUUGGAGCAGUUCGUACAAUUGCUGAGGGGAAUGGAGAAGAGUUCUUAAUCGGUACAACAAGAAAUGCCAUUCUAAGAGGCAGUUUCUCAGCUGGCUUCACUCCUAUUAUGCAGGGUCACAUUGAUGAGCUGUGGGGAUUGGCAACACAUCCAUCUGAGAAUAUUUUCAUGACCUGUGCGCAUGAUAAGCAGGUGUGCAUGUGGGAUGCUACAGACCACACACUAAUGUGGAGCACAACACUUGAGGAGGUAGGUCUUUGUGCAGAUUUUCAUCCCAGUGGAGCCGUCGUAGCUGUGGGACUCAACACUGGAAGGUGGGUAGUGCUGGAUACAGAAACAAAAGAGGUGGUGUACGAUUACAUAGAUGGCAAUGAGCAACUCUCUGUGGUCCGCUAUUCACCAGAUGGCAGUUUCCUGGCAAUAGGAUCACAUGACAACUUCAUCUACAUUUACUCAGUCGUGGAGAACGGCAAAAAGUAUAAUCGAUUUGGAAGGUGUACAGGUCAUUCUAGUUUCAUCACGCACCUAGAUUGGUCAAAAGAUGGAAAUUUCAUCAUGUCCAACUCCGGGGACUACGAGAUACUAUACUGGGAUGUAGCAGCAGGUUGCAAGCUACUGAGGAAUCGUUCUGAUAGUCGAGAUCGAGAGUGGGCAACAUACACAUGUGUCUUAGGGUUCCAUGUCCUUGGUGUUUGGCCUGAUGGCUCCGAUGGAACUGACAUAAACUCUCUGUGUCGUUCACACCAUGAGCGAGUGGUUGCUGUUGCUGAUGAUUUCUGUAAAGUUCAUUUGUUGCAGUAUCCCUGUGCAAAGCCCAAGGCCCCAAGUCACAUGUAUGGAGGACAUGGCAGCCAUGUGACAAAUGUGCGAUUUACAUUCAAGGACAGCCAUCUCAUCUCUUUAGGUGGAAAAGACACCUGCAUCAUACAGUGGCAGACACUAAGCAGUGCAUUGGCAAGGAGUCAGUCUGUCUCUUCUGCCUCUGUGUCUUCUGUGGAGGCAGGAAGUUGUGCAUGAACCUGGUAUUUGGUAAUUAACUACAUCCAGAAAAUUCAAGCUUGAAUGCAACACUGCUGUGUAAAUUAAAGAAUUUGUCAGUGUGAGCUAAACUCUGCUGUCUUUGUAAGUGGGUGGAGGGACCCUUAACACAAUAUCAUCUGCUGGUGCAGUCCAGAUUGAAUGGGGAUGUGUUUUAAACAGUUGAGAACUGAAGUCUGCAAAAACCUUGAACAGGCAGAGGGGCACUGAUGUAGGUCUGCAUGUACUGUUUUAAACAGCUGAGAACUGAAGUCUGCAAAAAUCUUGAACAGGCAGAGGGGCACUGAUGUAGGUCUGCAUGUACUGUAAACAUUCAACCGUUUCAUUAUCUUUUACCAUGGAGGUACUAAUAAUCAAAGGGUAGCUUAAGCUGCUUCAUAGAAUUGUUACUUUUUACGAAGGGUGCUUGAGUUGUUUUCAGACUAAUCUGUUCAUAAAGCUGUGAUAAAAAAUUAGGGUGUAAUCUCUGCAUCAUCAAGCCCACCACAGCACACAAACCUAAAAAAAUGGAGUCCUGAUUCUUACUAAAACAGCUGACGUUUUAGAAAUAUAAAUGACAUUCGAAAUGUUAGAUUAGAUUGGAUUCUGCUAUAUAAACGGCAUUAACCUGCAAGCUGCAAAUACACUUCAAUUUGAAGACUUCUAGAAACCUUCAAUUGCUGUUGCCCUUAAGCUGAUCAUUGUUUCAAACAGUUAACUUCCUGGGGUUUACCCAGAGUCUGAGAACAAUAAUGUUUCCUCUGCAUUAAUGUAUUGUUAUUAUCCUCGUUUCAGCACAGACUGUACCAAAUAACUGUACUGAAUGAAGCAAAAAAUACGUUUUUCUCUGCUGCUGCAGCUAAUAAUUUCAAAAUAUUGAAUAAUCCGUCUACUUAUUAGUGUUUUAAGUAAUGAGGAUGGCUCUCACAUCCUGUAUAAAUGUCUGCAGCAGUAAACCUUCCCAAACCCUUAGGACUACUGCAACCAAAGUCUGACUCCUUUGCUGAAUGCCAUGUCCAUUGCAUAUAUUUUGAACAAUUAUUUCUUUAAAUUGUUUUAAAAUGUUUAUGUGUUUGCUUUUACUUUUAUAAUAUUCCUGGGCAGCUUUUUUUCUUUGGUUUUGAAUUGAUUCUUUUCAAAAUAAUAUAGUUCAAGUCUAGGUGCGCUAUUGGGUUCUCCAGUCCAGUUUCACGCUGAGGUAAUCAAAUAUUAUGCAGUAUACCUAAAUACAAGCACAAAUGCAUGCAUGAUUAAAUAGUGACCAGAAUCCACAUUUCUGGGUGCAUGGUACAUGUGUAUUGAAUCUAAAUCAUACUAAAUCUGUGUAUUUUCCCUCUUACAUGCCACUUGUACAGUUUGUUGUAUCCCUGCCUGUUGUCUAUUCAGGCAACUUUGGUAACACAUCAUUGAUAAUUAUAGAACCUUUUCAUAGUUUUACUUUACAUCACACUUCUCUUGUAAAGUUUUGUUAUUUAAACAGAACAGAACUUGUCUGAUGUUCUUCGUGUUUCACU